AUGUCGGAACUGACUCCUAUAACAUUGCCUAAGUCAGUUCCAUUCCCUGUCACCGUCACAUCCAUCUUGUGCACGGUUGGUGAAACCAUCCUGAAACAUAAGACUAUCUUUAAAUAUAAAUAUUGGGAUUAUCAAGAUGACCCUAAUUCAAAAGAUGAAGUACCACCCAAAAUUCGAGUGGAAAGAAUAGGUUCAUUUGAAAGUCCGAUUGAAGGUGAAAUCGAAACCAUAAAUAUCGCCGUUCAAGAAGAAAUCCAACAUAGUGGCGUUGAAUUAUGUUCUAUAAAGGAACCAUGUACUCAUACCGUUCAAUAUGGUGGAUUAUGUGCUUUAUGUGGGAAAGCCAUUGAAGAUGAAAAAGAUUAUACCGGUUAUAACUAUGAAGAUAGAGCCACUAUCUCUAUGUCUUAUGAUAAUACAGGCUUGAAAAUAAGUCUUGAUGAAGCUGCUAAAAUAGAACAAAACAGUACUGAUAGACUUGCUAAAGAACAAAAAUUGAUCUUAGUGGUUGAUCUUGAUCAAACUGUUAUUCAUGCUACUGUCGACCCAACAGUUGGUGAAUGGCAACAAGAUCCCACUAAUCCAAAUUAUCCUGCUAUUAAAGAUGUUAGGACAUUUGUAUUAGAAGAAGAACCAAUGGUCCCACCAGGUUGGACAGGACCAAAACUUCCUCCUACAAAAUGUUGGUAUUAUGUUAAAGUUAGACCUGGAUUAUCUGAAUUUUUAGAAGAAGUUUCCAAAUUUUAUGAAAUGCAUAUUUAUACUAUGGCUACUCGAAAUUAUGCUUUAGCCAUUGCAAAAAUUAUAGAUCCAAAUGGGAAAUAUUUUGGUGAUCGAAUUCUUAGUAGAGAUGAAAGUGGAUCUUUAACUCAUAAGAAUUUAAAACGGUUAUUCCCCGUAGAUCAAUCUAUGGUGGCUAUAAUUGAUGAUAGAGGUGAUGUAUGGCAAUGGGAAAGUAAUUUAAUUAAAGUUGUACCGUAUGAUUUUUUCGUUGGUAUUGGAGAUAUUAAUUCUAGUUUUUUACCUAAAAAGAGUGGUCAAUUAAGUGGUCCAACUAAAAAGAGAAAAUCAAUUGCCAGAUUAGAAGCUCAACAAGAAGCAGUUAUAAUUGAAGAAAAAAUCCCCUUUGAUGAAGAUAAAGAUGAUGAUGAUGAAAAAUUUAUUGAUGAUAAUGGAGAAGUUUCAUCAAUUGCAGCUGCUGCAGCAGCUAAAUUACAAGAAGAAAUAGAUAAUCCUUCACCCGUGGAACGUAUGUUAGAAUUAGGUGGUGGAGAAGGUAAUACCAGUUUAUUAAUGGAACAAUCCUUAACUAGAAGUCAAUCCAUAGAACAACAACAAAAUGAUAGACCAUUGGCUAAAUUACAACAUAAUUUAGAAAAAAUGCAUCAUCAUGAACAUGAUACGCAUUCCAGAUCAAGUUCGCCUGAUGGAUCUUCAGGUGAAGAAGAUGAUGAUGAAGAUAUUGAUGAUGAUGAAGAUGAUAAUUUAUUAUAUGAUGAUGAUAAUGAAUUAUCAUCACUUAAAAAAGUAUUAUUAAAUAUUCAUUCUGAAUAUUAUAAAGUUUAUGAUGAAACAGCUGAAAUAAAACCAACCUUAACCAAAAUAAUCCCCACUAUGAAAAGUGCUUGUCUUAAAGGUAUAACAAUAUUGUUUUCCGGUAUAAUUCCAUUAGGGAUUAAUACCGAUUCAGCUGAUAUUGUUAUAUGGUGUAAACAAUUUGGAGUUAAUGUGGUUAGUGAAGUUGUCCCUGAAAUAACUCAUGUGGUUUGUCGUGAUCCAGCUACCGGUCAAGGACCAACAUUUAAAGCCAGAGUUGCUAAUAAAACAUUACCUAAUGCCAGUAUAGUUAAUCCAGAUUGGUUAUUUGAUUGUUUAAGUUCCUGGAAAAAAUUAGAUGAAAAAGAUUAUUUAAUUCCAAGAGAUGAUGAAAAACAAUGGACGGUUCCAAGUCGUGAUAUUGAAAAAUAUCAAAAAUUCGUUAAAGAAAAAUUAGCUAAUCGAAUGGAGAGACCAAGAUUUGAUUCUAUUACUUCACUUGAAGAAUAUGAUCUUGCUAAUGCUGAUGAUGAAGUGGAUGCAUUUUUAGAUGAUAUUAGUGAAGAUGAAGAUACUCCAUUGAAUGGAUAUGAGAAUGGAGGUAAUGAUGAUGGGGAAGAAGAUGAUGAUGAAGAAGAAGAAGAUAGUGCCAAUAAUACUGGUGCUAGUUUUAUAAAGGAUCUUUAUAAAGCAAAAAAGAGACUGUUAGAAAAUGCCGAAGAUUCUGAAAAUGAAGCGGAUGAAGAUGAAGAAGAAGAUGAUGAUAAUGAACAUCUGGUUACUAGUGAAGAUGAUGUAGACGAUCUUGAGAAACAAUUACUUGAUGGGUUUGAUGAUCUUGAAGAGUAA